AUGGAUCAACAGUAUCUUUCCUCUUUAGAGGAAACUCUCAAACUCGCUACACUUCCUUCUACCGAAGUUAUCAAGAAUGCUACUGCAAAUUUGAAAAAAAAUUUUUAUGGUGAUUCUAAAUCUUUGCCAGCAUUAAUUCAUAUUUUGCAAAACAGUACUGAUGAGUCGAUUAAAACAAUCGCAGCUAUUGAAACAAGAAAACUUCUUUCAAAACACUGGGGUUCUUUAGAUUCCAAUUUAAAAUUCCAAAUCAAAUUUUCAAUAUUAGAAUUUGCUUUACAUAACAAUGAAAAAAAGUUAUUAAAUCACAGCAUAGCAAGAAUUGUUUCAACUAUAGCUGAUAUAGAACUAUUAACUAGUGACUGGCCUGAAUUAUUGGAUACUUUAGUCUCAAAUUCAAGUAAUGAUACAGCUAUUUACAUUCUUUAUACUUUGUUAGAAUCUGACAAUCCAAUUGUUUCAAAGCAUUUGUCUGAUUUAUUAUCUCUUUUCGGUUCAAUCUUAUCUAAUAACAAUUCUUCUUUGGACAUUAAGAUUACCUCUUUAUCUUCUUUAUCUUUAAUUGCUUCAUUAAUUGAAUCAAAUGAUCAAGGGGUCGUUGAUACUAACUUAGCUAAUAACUUUAAGUUUUUAAUCAAUCCUAUGGUGGAUUUAUUAAAAUAUGUUGUUAAUUCAAAUGAUGUAUUAAAUUCGAAAGAUGUUUUUAAUUCAUUCAACGAUUUUAUCUAUUUAGAUAACAAACUAAUCGGUGAAAACUUAUUAUUGUUAAUAAAUUUAAUGUUUGAAAUCUCUUUAAAUAAAUCAAACUUAGACGAUGAAAUUAGACUAAUGGCCUUAAGUUUUCUUUCAAGAGUUAUUUCUUUAAGAAGAUCAAAAAUUACUCAAAACAAAUUAGGUCCAACUUUUGUUUUAACUUGUCUUAAGAUUGCUUCUGAGCCAAUUGAUAUUGAUGAUGAAUUAGACAAUGAAGAUGAAGAAAACGAAAAUGAAGAAAACUCUCCUAGUUCUUUAUCUUUAAGAAUCCUUUCUGAACUAUCAACUGAGCUACCUCCAUCCCAAGUUAUUUUGCCUUUAUUUGAACAUUUACCUGCUCUUUUAAGCUCUUCAAAUUUUUUUGAAAGAAGAGCUGGUAUUUUAUCAAUCGGUUUAACUGUUGGUGGUGCUCCCGAUUAUGUUUUUACCCAUUUACCAAAAUUAAUUCCUUAUUUAAUUAAUGGUUUAAAAGAUCAUGAAUUAAUUGUUCAAUUGGCUACUUUAAAGACAAUUUCAGAAUUAACCAAUGAAUUACAAGAUGGUAUCACUGAACACCAUGCCGAUUUAUUACCCUUAAUUAUUCAAAUCAUCGAUAGUGCUACUAACGUCAUGAUCUAUAAAAACGCUACUUAUGCCUUAGAUGGUUUGAUUGAAUAUAUGAGUCAUGAUGCUAUUUUGUUAUACUUGGAACCACUUAUGAAUAAAUUAUUUCAAAUGUUGCAAAAUUCAUCUUCUCCUUCUCUUAAGUGUGCUAUUGUCUCUGCAAUUGGAUCGACUGCAUUUGCUUCUGGUAAAGCGUUUAUUCCAUUUUUCAAUAACUCUUUACAAUUUUUGGAACCUUUAAUUCAUUCUUCGAAUUCAAAUUCUAAAGAUUCUGAUUUACCUGAUGUUGAAAUUGAAUUAAAAGCUUCAACUUUUGAAAAUAUUUCUACAAUGGCAAGAGCUGUUGGUCCUAAACCUUUUGCUAAAUUUGCUGAACCUUUAGUUAACUCUGCUUAUAAUUCAAUGAAUUCUGAUGCUCCAAGAUUAAGAGAAUCUGGUUUUGCUUUUAUCUCAAAUAUGGCAAGAGUUUAUCAAAAGGAAUUCACUCCAUUUUUAGAGAAAUUAGUUCCGGAAAUCUUCAAAUGUCUAGAACAACCUGAAUUCAAUGCUGAUGAGUUAUUGGAUGAAUUUGAUCCAAAUGAUCCUGAAAUCACAGUUUCAGAUGUUCUUAAAGUCGUCGAUGAUGACUCUGAAGAAGCUGAUCUUGAAGAUAAAUUUCAAAUUCACACUGGUAUCACUAUGGAAAAGGAAAUUGCAGCUAUGGCUUUAGCUGAAUUGGCUAUUGCCACUGGUAUUAAUUUUGUUAAAUAUCUUGAACCUUCUAUUAACAUUCUUAUUGAUCAAAUCGAUAACUCUUUUGGUAUAACUCAACCUGCUAUUAAUUCAUUAUGGAAAAUUGUAAAUGCAAUGGUCAAGGUUCACUACGAAAAUCCUGUUAACACCAACAAUGAAAAUUACAGAAAUUUAACUGGUGAUGGUAUCAAAUACCCAGUUGGUGCUGUCUCUUCAUCUUACGUCAAUAAUGAUAUUUUAUCAAUCAUCAAAUUAGCAAGAGAAAAGUCAUUAGAAUUAUUGGAGUCAGAAUACACUAUUUCAAUUGUUUAUUCAAUUUUAGAUAACUUUUCUGAAACUAUUAAAAAUAUUGGUGCAAUUUCAAUCAUGGACAAUGGUAAUAGCUCUGAAUUAGAACAGUUAUGUGUUGAAUUAAUGAAAAUCUUAAAAGAAGAACACCCAUGUCAGGUUGACGAUGAUAAAGAUGAAGCAGAAGAUGCUGAUACUUCAGAAAUGGAAGCUUCAUUAUACGAUGAAGCCUUGGAUGUUUUAGUUUCAUUAUCAACAGCUUUAGGUGGUGACUUUAAUAAAGUUUUCCACUCAUUCAAAAAUGUAAUUGUUUCUCAAUUGAAUACUAAAUCCAAAAUCAAAAGAAGUUCGAUUAUUGGAUCAUUGGCUGAAAUUUCUGUUGGACUUAAGUCAUCGAAUGAAUUUUCGAAAGAAUUACUACAAAUAUUUAUUGAAAUCUUAACAAAAGAUAAAUCAUUAGAUGUAAAAAGUAAUAGUGCAUUUGGUAUUGGUGUUGUCAUUGAAAAUUCUAACGAAGAUUUUUCGUCAGCCUAUCCAACUGUUUUAAUUACAUUAUCUAAGCUAUUGACUAAAACAGAAAAAGAAGAAAAUAAAAGCAUCGAUGAUGAAGAAACUCAAGAAAUUAUUAAAAGAUUUUAUGCCAAUGCAUGCGGUUGUGUUGCCAGAUUAAUGUUAAAAAACGAAACCAUUAUUCCAUUAAGUGAAGUUUUGCCAGUUUUAAUUUCUCAUUUACCAUUAUCAACAGCAUUUGAAGAAAACAAGCCAAUUUUUGAAUUAAUUCUUAAAUUAUAUCAAGAAAAUAAUGAAUACAUUUUAGCAGAAACUCCAACCGUUGUUGAAAUUUUUGCAAACGUUUUUAAAAAGGAAGCCGAAGUUAAAAAGUUAGAAAACGAGUCUACAUUGGGCAGGGAACAAAACAUUGAAUCCUUAAAACAAUUCCAGGUUCCUGAUUUGAGAGAUAAAAUUGUUGAAUUAUUAAAAUUUUUAGAUGGAAAAUAUUCUGGUAUUGUUUCAAAUAAUGAAACAUUAAAAUCUAUUUUUUAA